UGCUGUAUCAACUACUGUUGAUGCAAUAUUGGAUACAACUAGUUCUGUAACUGAAUCAUUUUCGGUUAAAAGUACAUCAAUGGCAGAUUCAACAACUAUUAAAACAGAUGCAGAAACUAUUAGUUCAACUGGUGCAUUAACUUCUGUUGGUGCAAGCUCAGUGCCCAGCAGCAUAAUUUCAAAACUAACAACAAUUGGAAGAAGUUCAACUGCAAAUGUUUCUACUAUUUAUAUGGAAGCUUUAAUUGAGAGUUUAACUGCAACAUCAACAACUGUUGGUUUAACAACAGCGACUACUACUCCUGUGGCUACAUUAACUUCAAUUCAAACUUUGCCAACUGUAGAAUCUACCAGUGUUGAAGCAGAAACAAUACCUAUAAGUUCAACUGCAGCACCAGCUACUGAUGAUGCAGCAACAGCGACAACUAUUACUGUGCCUGAAUCAAUUACAGAAGAUAUUAUAUCAACUGCAGAUUUAUCAACUAUUGGAACAGAUACUCUAAUUACCACUUCAACUGAGGCUUCAACUACUACAACAAGUUCUGUAACAGAACCAACUACAGUUAAAAGUACAUCAAUGGCAGAUUUAACAACCGUUGGAUCAAAUAAUGUAAUUAUCAGUACAACUAAGGCACCAACUACUGUUGAUGCAACAAUAAAUACAACUAGUUCUAUAACUGAAACAACUUUGAUUGAAAGUACAUUAAUAGCAGAUGUAACCACUGUUGGAUCAGAAGUACUAACCACCAGUUCAACUGCUGCAUUAACUACUGUUGAUGCAACAAUUGAUACAACUAAUUCUGUAACAGAAUCAACUUCGGUUGAAAGUACAUCAAUGGCGGAUUUAAAAAGUGUUGAAACAGAUGCGGUAACUAUCAGUUUAACUACUGAAUUAACCACUGUUGAUUCAACAAUAACUCUUUCUGUACCUGAACCAACUUCUGUUGAAAGUACAUCAAUGGCAGAUUUAACAACUGUCGGAUUAGAAGUAGUAACUACCGGUUUAACUGAGCCAUCAACUACUCUUGAUGCAACAAUAGCUGCAACUAGUUCUUUAACGGAACCGACUACAGUUGAAAGUACAGCAGUGGCAGAUUUACAUUUCGUUGAUUUAGAAGUAGUAACUACUAGUUCAACUACAGCAUCAAGUACUGUUGAUGCAACAAUUGCCAUCGCUAGUGCUGUACCUGAAUCAACUUCGGUUGAAAGUACAUCAAUGGCAGAUUUAACAACUGUUGGAACAGAUACUGUAACUACUAGUUCAACUGCGGCAUUAACUGCUGUUGAUUUAACAACAGCGUCAACUAGUUUUGUACUUGAACCAACUUCAGUUAAAAGUACAUUAGCUGUAGAUUCAACAACUGUUGAAACAGAAACAGUAACUAGUCGUUUAACUGCAGCUUCAACUGAUUUUUUUCCUUCAGUUUCCUCCCAUUUAGUUUCACAAUCAUAUUUUUCAACCAUUUUCACAAACAUAACCAAUUCACUCACUUUUACUGACUCAUCCCACCUGUCUGAAAAUGUUUCCUCUUCCCUGACCACUCAGGAUGAUUCCUCUAUCUUGAGUGUUUCUGUUGUUGAUUUUGGAACCACAACCACUUCAGCUUACUUUGUUCUGCGUCCAUGGUCCAAAAACCUUGUAGAUGCAUAUGAAUUUGUUGUUUAUCCAGUGAAAGAUUCUUCCAUACCUUAUGCAAACAUUACCUUUCACAACAUAUCUGAUUCAACGGGUCACAAUGUAACCCUGGAGAAUAUAUUGGAUCCCAAUACUUCCUAUAUAGUUAUUAUAACUCCUCAAUUAAACAAUGUUGCCCUUCAUUCUCUCACCGUUAACAUUACAACAGCGAUGAAUUAUCCUGUUACAACAACUGUACAGAUGGAGGUACAAACUAUAAAGGGUAAAGAUUCUAAUGAUAGCGGCCUUAUUGAUGGCUCGAAACCCGACUUUGAUGUUCCUUGGAUUUUUGAAGUAAUGAUUGAUAAUGAGACAGAAACAACUGCAAUUGUUUCUUGGCAACCACUCAUCGGUGCAACCAUAUACCAGCUAACAUAUUCAGAUCCUGCUGGAUUGUCAGCUGGCUUGUCAGUAACUACUAUAUCAACAACACAUUUGCUAACCAAUUUGGAACAUAACACCCUUUACACAGUUGUUGUUAGGGCGAGAAAUUCAACAACUAAUUGGGGAACACCAUCCAGCAUUGUUAAUUUUACAACAGGAGAGAGUGCUUCUGUUAAAAUUAUAUCUACUUGGACCAACCCUGUAUCUGCAUACAUAGUAUUUGAGCCAUUGGACCCACAUAUACUGACCUACUUUGUCUCCAUUUCUCCAGUUUCUAAUCUUACACAUAUUGUAGCUACCCUUGUCACCAACUCCCAUGCAUUGCACAACACUUCGGUUUUCAAUGCCACAUUUGUUGGCUUUCUUGUGCCUUUCACGGAUUACAGGUUUACUAUCACUCCUAACCUUACUGGAUCAUCACCAACAUAUGCUUAUGAUAUAACAAAGAAAUUUGGAAAACCUACAAAUUUUACUGCUCAACGUGUGUGGCUUGGUGGUUUUGAUUUAACUUGGAAACCUGUUCUACACGCGCAGUCAUAUGUCGUCCAAGUUUUUGAAUCAAAAGAAUCAGUAUUGCGAACAAAUGCUAACAACCCCAAUCUGGUUUUGGUGAAACAAAUAACUGACCUACCAAGUGCCUUUGCAGCAGUCAGUGACCUAUAUCCUGCAACCAACUAUGUUGUAUGGGUCCAUGCUCAUGUAAAUGGUUUUGACUCCAAUUACACAGACUUACAAAUUUCAACAACCAAUCUUCCUAAUGCAACACUUACCGUCACUAGUGCAUCACCAGAAACUUUAAAUAUAGAAUACAAUACAGUCAAUGACGGUGUUUCAUAUUAUGUUUUCUCCAUUGCUUCUAAAUCAAAUGAAACAGUGAAGUUAAACGUUCAAAGAAUAGGAGCAAGUGAUGUUGAUCCAUCUGUUGAACUUACAUUUCCCAACCUUGUGCCGGGAAGUGAAUAUAUUUGCACUACAACAAUUCAUAUUGGUUCUAUAUCUGUGGCUGGGAUGUCUGUAGCUGCAAAUACAACACUGCAACCCCCACCUUCCAAUACAAGUACAGUAGUACAAGGAGCAAAUGCGUCUGUUGUUGUUCAAUUGCAACCAGCAACUUAUACACCACAGUUAUACAUGUCUAGCAUUUCAUUGGCCAAUAAUUCUAAUGCAAUUGGUAUCAAGUAUAUUGCAUCAAGUGUUCCACUGCAGAACAUAACCUUUAUCAAUCUAAUAUAUGGGGAAGAAUACUCUGUCACAGCUGCUUCUUGGAUAAAAGGUGUUCAUGGUCCAGCUGUACUUGUAGGAAGUGUUACACUCUCUCCUGGACAAGUCAGUAAUGUUGGUGUGUCAUUUAGACAGAGCAAAAGUUACCUUGAGUUUAAUGCUGCACCUGGAAAAGUUGACCACUAUCUAGCUUCAUGUUUUUCUAAAUCCAACUCCAAUAUUAGCAUAUGGAAUACAACUAUUAUUUCCACAUCUUCUAAUCCGUCUGUGCUAGAAAGAUAUUCUGUAAAGCAGCUUGCUUUGCCAUACAACACAACAUAUGUCUGCCGCAUUGUUGCUGUAAGUAAUGGCUUACAGGGAAAUGCAGUUGAACACAUUUUUGCGGUUGGUGAUGCCUUGCCACGUCUUCCUGUGAUAUUAUCAUUUGGUAAUCAAAGUAUAGUUGUUAAAUUGGAAAGAUUUAUUUAUUAUAACUUUUUAUAUAAUAUUUGGUUGUAUCGAGGACCAACUUUUACGGUUGCCGAACAGCAAAUUACUGCAGACUCUUCGACACAAAACCAGACUAUAGUUAUAAGAAAUGUAGCUUUCGGAGCUCAAUAUAGAGUUGUAUCGGCUUUUACAAUCAAUGGUACUCGUGGUGAACAAUUCAUUGUUGGAGAUUUGAUAAUGCCUCCAGAUAAUGUUCAAAUUAUUGAAGUUGUUCCAAGUUAUACACAUGCAGAAGUAAAGUUUGAACAAGCUGAUGGGGAAAUAGAAACCUAUGAAAUACAUUUAACAUCAUUAAUAAAGGGAAACAUUAUUAAGUCUUACAACAUUACUCACAACACAAAUGUUAAUGUAACAAGUCAAACUUUGUUGAAUCUUUCACCUGGUCAACAGUACAAUGUAACAUUGGUUGCACGCAGCCAUGGCUUAAUUAGCAUUGAAAACACUGUCAGCUUCACGACAGCUGCGAUACCAGCCCCUGAAAUAAACCAAACUACAGUUGUUGUUGGAAGAACGAAUAUUUCGAUAUCUGGUUCCACUUUAAAUGAGCCGCUAACCAAGGAUUUUAUUUUCAAUCUUCGUAUUUUACUUUCAACUAACCCCACUGAACCGGUAAACAGUGUAAAUAUUGAAAAUGCUACUUCAAACUUGAAUGUUCUAUUUGAGAAUUUAAUUCCCGGUCAACAAUAUGAUCUGGAAAUUGUAACUUUGUAUAAGAACUGGACAAGUGCUCGAGUUCCAAUUGGAACCUAUGUUGUUCCACCGAGCCCCAUAGAAAGUUUAAAUUCAUCAAGCACAGCAGUAACUAUACGAAUAAGAUGUACUCCACCUCUGGGAAUAGUUGAUCAAUACAUAAUUUGGUUUAACCGAAGUGAUGAACAGAACACAACAAACAUUGAAAGUGAAUUGCCAAAUUAUGAAUUCACGGAUCUAACUCCUGAAACAGAAUAUCAAUUUACUAUUUGGACAGAUAGUAAUGGAGUGGAAAGCACAAGAAAAAACUUUUUUAUAAAAACAACUCCAAUCCCGGAACCUCGAUUCGUUACCGCUCUUCCCUCCAGCGAUCAACUGAGUGUAACAAUCUGGCCAGACCUCACCCAGCACUUGCAGUAUAAUGUUACAUUAUUUAGUUCUAACAAUUCUAAACCAGUUGAUGGUAUGGUGCUAAAUACAAAGGCAUCUCUGGAGGAAACAAUUCUUGCUGUUUUCCGCAACCUAACCCCUGGUGAGAGAUAUACUGGGAGAGUUUCAGCAACUAUAAAUGGAGUAGAUGGUAAACCCUACCCAUUUGGACCAAUAACCAUCAGUCCAGCCACAGUUACAGGCAGAGUGCUCCAUACAUUGUCUUCAGUCAACAUAACUUUCUUUGCUGCAAAAGGAUAUGCGGAAAGUUAUCGAAUAUACAUUGUUCCAACUGCUGAUGUUACAUCUGUUGGAAAAAUCGACAUUAUUCCUGCAAGCGCUGGAAAGACAGAAUAUGAAUAUUCGUUUGUUGGUCUGGAAUCAAAUACAAACUAUUCUGUUAUUGUAGUUACACAAAACAAUGGACUAAGUAGUAAUCCUGCAAUAUUUAGAACUGCCACAGUGGAUCCGUUGCCUUUAUUACCACCAAUUGGAAAUGUAUCUGUGGAUGAGAGUAACACAGUGCAUGUUCGUUUGCAGCCAAUAACUUCUGUUCCAGUUACAAGCUAUGUUAUUAGUAUUAGCUAUGACUUUUCACCAAAUCAAACUGUUGCUAUGAAAGAGGUUUCUCAAAGUGAUACACCACAAACACAAUUCAUUCGACUUAUAGAUGGUCAAACCUACAUUGUAUCUGCCAAAUCAAAACAUGAAAACCUUCAAAGUGUAAAAAACAUCAUUGGAAGCGUUACUCUAAGGCCAGGAAAAAUUAAUCCAGUCAUAGUUAUGACAGCAACCACCGGUGAUAUUAGUUUCACCCCACCUGAUGGAAUUGCAGAUAGGUUUACUUUAUCUGUGCACAAGCAAGGGGAAGAGCAUAAAACUGUUGACAAUGCCACUUUACAUUAUACUCUACGUCAAAUACAAACUUUGCUGCAUCAUGUGUUUCGAAAUCUUAUACCUGAUACUGUUUAUGUUGGUGAAGCGAAAUCAUACAGUAAACACAGAACCAGCUACCCUACAACAUUCAAUAUGACAACUGAAAAACCAAUUCCUGCUGGUGGGUCAAUUACUUUGUUUCCCAAUCGUUCGGUUGAAGUUAUUGUUACUCCCCCUGACAACAGAGAUGCAGCUGGAUGGAUUGGACAUUACCAUGUUUUUGUGAAGCCAGCGUCUAACACUUCUAUUUCACUUAAUGCCACACUUCCUGGUCAAAACCCUCCCACCAGCAUCUUUAACAACUUGACAUAUGGCGAACAUUACUUCGUAUACAUUUCAAACACUGUCAGCGGAGUCGAAAGUUUGUGGAAUGAAAUUGAAGAAUUUGUUGUUGAUCCUGCAAAGAUAUCAAAUGCAACUCUAAAACCAACAAGCAACCAAGUCAAUGUUACAUUUGAACCUGCAGAAGGUGUAACUGAUCGAUACUUUAUCUAUAUAACAAAGGAUAAUGAACCCACAAGUGUCUUGAUGUUUAAAUAUGUUGCAUCUUCAAAUCAAAUUGGAGAACAUUUUCUUGCCUUUAAUAAUCUUGAUCCAUCAACAAACUAUACGUUGUCCGUGGUUUCUUUAAGUUACAAUAAGAACAGUCCAACAGCUUCUUUUACCUUCAGAACAAAUGAUGUGUCAGUUGAUGCAGGUAAAAUAACUGUAACUAAAAACAACACCAUUGUCGUGAAUAUGAAACCUGUGAAUGGAUUCGAACGAAUUUUUGUUAACUUGGCCCUUUCAAAUGACAGCAGCAACAUUUUACAGACAAAUGUUAUACUUGCAAACAGCAGCAAUUUAGAGACUGAAUUCCACAAAGGAUUGGUACCAGGGGCAAAGUAUAUUGUCACUUACAUUGUUUCAACAAGUACUGAGCAAUCGCCACCAGGAGAACUUGGAACAGCUGUCAUUCGCCCAAGUAGUGUGGUUGGGGGAAACAUUUCUUCUUCAGUUGGAAGCAUUACUUUACAUUUCCCACCUGCUCAAAACAUUUUAGAUUCAUACAGAGCUUAUGUUGUCAAACUUAACCAUCCUAUGUUAAUACAAGAAGAGAUGAUUAUUCCAAAACAUAAAAUAAAUGUUAAUGGAACGUAUACUGCCCAAUUUGCUGUUCCACCGAGUGCCAACACAUCAUAUAUUCUGCAUUUGUUUUCACGAUCUAAUGGAAAAGAAAGCUUACCCACAACCUACAUCACAACCACUGAUUCUCUAAAUGACCCUGGACAAGGCAAUGUAACAGUGAUUGGACCAACUGAUGUAGCAAUUGACUUUUCAACAAAUUUUAAUCUACAUGAUAUUGUUCAGCUUGAUUUGGUGAUUUCCAGCAAACGCCGACCUCAGGAAGUUAUUCAAAUGCAUGAAUGGCUGGUAAACACUUCCCAAGCUUUAAAUCAUACAUUCCAUAACCUAACUCCUGGAGAAUCCUACACGGUAUAUGUUGUUCCCCAUCACGGCAUCUCGCUUGUGGGAAAGCCAAAGUAUAUUGGAGAAGUUAAUCUGGAACCAAGUACAGUUAGAUACGGGACUGUGGAAACAGGAAGUGAUAAUGCAACAUUAAGGUUCACAGAAGCUUUGGGAAGAAGUGAAUACUUUGAAAUUCUCCUAACACAGGCAGAGAAUAUUACUAUUGUUCUUGAAAGGUUUAAUCGAACUACCUAUUCUGACUAUGAAGAUCAUGAGAGCAUGACUGUACUAACAAGUAACAUGUUAAAACCUUCAUAUAAUUACACUUUCAUCAUUACAACAGUGGCUGAGAGUGGGUUAAGAGGAGAAGCAGCUUACGCCCAUUUUCAAAUCCCGCCCCCACCCCCUGUCACCUUUACCGAUAUAACUUCAUCUAACAAUACAGUAUAUGUGAAGGUAAAUCGGGUAGAAGAAAUGCACAUUGAUCAUUAUGUUGUUACCAUAAAUGGAUCAUCUCACUAUCUGCGUUCAAACUCAACAAACAUAGCUUUUACCUUCACAAACUUAACACGAGGCGCAACAUACGAAUUCCAAGCACAAUCAGAAACAACUAAAGUGUUUGGUCAUCCUACAAUUGAAUAUUUCACUUUGGAGCCAGAGGCUGUACUGCUACAAACCAUUCAGGGAUAUCUUUGGAAUGUGUCCGUGACUUUUACAAAACCAACAGGAAUUUUGGAUGCGUAUAGAAUAACUCUAUUCAGUGGCGAACCAACUCAAUCAAUAGUAGAUCAACAAACUAUCCCAGACACUUCAGAAAACACCUACAGUGUAGCUCUGGUUAACGCCUCACCUUCAACUAACUAUAAUAUAUCAAUAUCUGCAAUCAGCAACAAAGUUGUAGGACCACCAUCGCAAGCUACUGUUCGAACAAGAGACAUCCCUGUGCCAGUAGGCAAUAUAUCUACAACUAACUCAUCGCUCACCAUUCAGUUAACACUACCUGAUCUACCUGUUGACAACGUCACAAUUGUUCUUGAACGGUUGGAUCGGCCUUAUGGAGUUGUGCAAGAAAUAAACAAACCAUGGAGCACUUCGUUUUAUCACAUCUUUACCGAUUUACCUCCUGGUCACCAUUAUAGAGUACAGACCAAUUACGUUGUUCGUGAAAUUAGUGGCAAUGUCGCAACUUUUAAUGAUACAACGGUUCCCGCUUCGGUCGUUAGCGCAGAACUCAGUAUUAGGUCAUCAUCUGUAUCUGUUUCCUUCAAUCCUAUAUCUUUUGCCGAUUCUUAUGUCGUCACGAUCACAUCCGAUAAUGAGCCAAAUCUAGUGUUGGGUCAACGUAAUCUUACACAAACAGUUGAUGGAAGUGACUUGUCAGCCACAUUUGAUCGUGAAGUACAAACCGGUGUUUCAUACAUUGUUCAUAUAACAACUGUUAAACGGAACAAGAGAAGUGAAACGACUUUAUUUCCAGUCGGUAUUGUACCAGCACCCAAUGUAACGAACUUGUCCGUGAAAACAAACCAGAAUGGGAGCACGACCAUUACAGUGGAAACUCCACCUUUUUAUGACGGGCAAUAUGUCGUAACAAUAUAUCCUACGCUUUACAAAAACACGACAGUGCAGACGUAUUCCAGCCCUGCAAAUGUAAGCGUGCACCACCUACCACCAGGCUCUCUUCUACCUGGUACCGAAUACAACCUUGAAGCAAAAACAUUAUCUAAUGAGACAGAAGGCCAACCGCGUACAAUCAAGUUUUGCACGUAUCCCGACGUUGCAAAUAUCACAGACAUAACCGUUGACGUCACAUUCUUAUCUUCUGUGACGUUUCAUCCUGGCCAGGGCUCCUCAUUAUCCUACAUCGCUCAUCUCAUGAAUAACAUUUCAAACAGAAUAGAAAAUGUAACGAUACCAGCUGACGGGCGAAACAUAUACAUAUUUGCUUUUACAACAAGACUUCGACCGCUCAACAAUUACAGUGUAGUUGUAGAAAGUUAUGGACCUUGUGGUCUGAUGGCCUCCACCAAUAACGAAUUUAGCUCAGGACGACCACAGCCGCCUGGUGCAAUAAGAACAACUCCAUUCCAAGGGUCUCUCCUUAUCGUGUUGUUUGAACAAUCCCUGAGCCCGGUUGAUCAAUACACAGUGUUAGCAGUACCACAAACCACAAAUAUCACAAUAUCAGACACAAUAAGUGCGCCUCAAAUUCAAACAUUUCUGGGGGGCUUCGUACCUGGUGAAACUUACGAAAUUCGCGUCACGGCAAGCAUGGAUGGUGUUUCAAGUUUACCAUCAAUUUCAAAUUUGCCAAAUCAAUUUGCCCCGAACCCAGUGCCCGCAGGAUCAGUGAAGGCGACACCAACUGAAGCCACUGUUACAUUCACACCACCCAGCGGUGUGUUUGACAGUUUUGAUUCAUUCAUAUCAAUGGUUACUCCCACUGGCCCCCAGUUUGUUCAGCAAUAUGUUGUACAAAAAAACGAGACCACACCGUCAGGUCAAUACCAAGCGACCUUUAACCAUUCAUCGUUAAAACCAAACACAUCCUAUAUAAUAUGGGUAACAACACAAGUUGGCGGCCUGAAAAGUCCCACAACUAGAUUUCCAACCGUCCUGCCUUUACCGACUCCACCGCAAUCCCUACGGGUCAGCAGUUCUAUAAACAAUACGCUGAACAUUGAACUUGGACCGUCUCGGGUUCCAGUAGAUAACUACUUACUUCGAAUUUUCCACAAUUCUGACCUUUCAAAGUUGGUUUCUAACAUUACUUUGCCACCGAGUACAAAUAACAUUGAAACAAAAUUUGAAAAUCUCACUCCAUGCGGAAGGUAUCGUGUUUACGCUUCGUCCGUGAUUCGAAAUGUUUCAGGAAAUUCCAUUGAACAAAUUGGUUCGGUUGCUCCACAGAGUGUAACCGACGCUAAUAUUACAACGACUCCCACCGUCGCUUUCAUCUCGUUUAAACAACCAACGGGCAGGGUACAAUAUAGAACAAGCUUUACAAACCCACUCAAACCAUUCUACACGUUUCAACAAAAUACGAUCGUCACUAACCAGUCCGAAUCUGAUAUGACGAUAAUUUUUGACGACGUUGAAUUGAAGCCAUCAUCGUCGUAUACUGCUCAAAUACAAACCAUUUGUAACGGAAUAACGAGUCCAGUGUUUAGAAAACCUUUCACUAUGCAAGACACACCACCACUUGUACCACCGUCAACGCCAUCGCCUAUAUUUAGCUCCUCACAUUAUGCCAUUAUUGCAUUUCACCCCAACAGUACAACUGAAUUUGCGUUCUUCUCAACCUCCUUGUCUCUCAAUGGCAGCUUUAUUAAAGAGAUCUCGGCAAACACAUCUGCAGAUGGAUCAGCGGGUUAUAUAUUACGUGAUUUAGUUCCUGGAGAAACGUACAACUUAUCAAGUGUUGGUUACAUCCGUGGAAUACCUGGUCCACCUUUUGUAACUAUGGUUACUACGCGCCCACUGCCAGUUAUCAACGGAACUGUAACGACCGACGUUGACAGGAUUAAUUUCACGUUUUCACAAGUCGAAGGAAUGGUCAGCUCAUACAGGGUCCAUGUAGUUAGUGCGGAUGACCCAAGUAACGCAAUCAAAUCCGGCACCGUUCUACCGACACACAAUAAAAAUGAAACACGAUUUAUUUCAUUUAGUAUUGGCCAAGAUGAUGGAAUACGUUAUUUAAUAUAUGUUGAUACCCAUAGCAGUGGACAAAGCUCAACGUCUGCGCCUUUCAACGCCACGCUGCGUAUUCCUCCAAACGUUUUACCGAACAUUGAAGUCUUCACAUCACCUACCACCUUGACAGUAAAACUAAACGAAACACAAAAUCAAGUCGACUUCUUUGUUAUCAGCAUUGCGGAAAGUACCACUCCACUGGUAGUGUUGAGAAAUCGAACAAUAACUCAUGACAAAAAUAUCACUGCGGUAUUUUCGAACUUAAAACCCAACACAGAGUACGUGGUGAUGGUGCGCACAAAAGUGAGAGAAGUUCAAGGCAAUGUGACGAGUCUCCCUGUCAGAACAGAUUCCGCUCCAAGGGUUGUCAAUGUUACAGCACAUUCGAACCUCACGAGCAUAACUGUGUCCUUUAACACGACAAAUUGGACUAAUGAAGUCGACAGGUUUGAGCUAAGUGUGUCUAAUGCUUCAAAUCCAAAUGUUGUUUUGUUUCGUGCAAAUGUGAGCACUGAGGAAAUGGAAGCUACAUUCGUCGGUUUACAACCAGAGACAAACUAUAUCAUAACUUUGAACUCUGUUGUUGAGGAAAGUAAAAGCGUCCAAUCAUAUAUUGAUGUGACCACAGCACUGCUACCAACUGUUACUUUUACCUUGGAUUCCACGUAUUCAUCAGUAUCUGUGAACAUUACAACAAACACAAGCUUAAUUGAUUUCUACUAUGUAUCUGUUAAGCAGUUUGGUGAAGUAAAUAUAACUGCAGAAAAGAUUUUAUCAGCAGAUUCCAAUUUGUCAAACAUAUUAUUUGAAUUAUUAUUGCCCAAUACAACAUAUGAGGUACAGGUUGCAGCAUUGGUAUCUAAUAUUACUGGACCAACAAAUACUAAAGAAUCUCAGACUAAAAUUCUACCAACUGGAUUGGAUUUCAAUGUUACAACAAAUGUAACAAGCGCAAUUGUCAACAUUCAAAUUUUACCAAACUUUGAUGGGGAUUAUUUUAUCAAAGCUGUUCCAGACAACCUAAAUUUUGGUUCCUAUCAGACAAAUUUGACAAUACAUAGUAAUGUGGCUAGUGUUUUAUUGGAAGGGCUACGACCCCACACUGAAUAUACAGUUUCUAUUUCAACAGUAUAUCGUGGGAAAAUAGGACCUGCUCGUGCUAAAAAUGCAACAACAUUAGUUCCGCCACCUCCAACCAAGUGGACUGCCACAUCAGAUGUUACGAGUUUGGUUGUUGAAAUAUUGCCUUCAGAAGUUGCAACACAAGUUGAUAGUUAUGUUGUAUUAAUCAGUGAAAGCAGCAAGAACAAAACAGUUUCUGUAAAAACUGCAAACUCUACAAAUGUAACACAAUCAAUCGCUUUUAAAAAUCUAGUUCCAUCUACAAAAUACACAGUUGAAAUAUAUAGCAUUGUAUCAGGUGUCAGCAGUCCAAAAGAUUCUGGAAAUGUAACAACAGUUGUUCUGGAUCCUGUUGUACAGUGGAAUUUAACAUCUACACCAAACAGCAUUCAAGUCAAACUUUAUCCUGUCAAUCAAACUGUUGAUGGAUACACUGUAUGGCUUGCCAAUUUAAAUGGUACAAGUCUAAACAAAACAGUGACAAUCAAUUCUACAAAGACUGGAGAAAAUUUAUCUGCAACUUUCACUGACCUAUCACCACUGAAUGAUUACAUUGUAUAUGCUGUGGCCAAUAUUGAAGAAUUUUCAAGUAAUCCAAAAGUGAACACUAUUAAAACAUUACCACCUCCAUCAGUUUUAAUCUGGAAUGUUCAAUCUAAUGCUUCGAAUGUUGUUGUUGAAUGGGAACCAGUCAAUCCAACUGAUACAUAUUUCAUAACUAUUAGCUUCAGCCAAAGACCACUUGCUGUGCAACAACAAGAAGAAAUUUUUUCAAUCAGCAAUUUGACUCGUCAUACCUUUUUAAAUCUUUACCCUGGACAAACCUACAAUGUUACAAUUAAUACACAAUACCUUGGUAUAAAUGGAACAUCUUCCAGCAAAAAUAUAACAGUCGGUGGAAAUGAGGGUUGGACAAAUUUUACAACAUUAUCCACUUCGUCCACUGUUACGGUCAACAUAACUGCUACUGAUGAUAAACAGACCUUUACUCAGUAUAACGUUUCUAUUGUUGAACUGGACAAGCCUGAUAAACCAUAUGUAACAUUUAAGAUUCCAUUGAAUGACACAAACCUAUCUGUGCUGUUCAACAACUUAAUAUCUGGCAAAGAUUAUCUAGUUGUACUUCAACAACAAGGUAAUUCUUCAACAAAUCCUCCUGUUGUAAAACUGGUCACCACAUUUCCCCCUACAGCUCCACUGAAUGUAGUAGUAUCUGAUACAACUUCUACCACAAUCAAACUUCAAUGGGAAUAUGAUGCUUCUGUUACAUCAUAUACAAUUAGUGCAACUGAUUUGGAUUCAACAAACAGAAGUGAUUACCAGCUAACUUCUUUCCAACCAAAUGGAACAAUAAUGGAAUAUUUGUUGACUGAUCUCAUACCAGAUGCUAUGCACACACUUACUCUUGUACCACUUGGAAAAAAUAUGGGAAGCAUUGGUAAAAAUAUAACCAUACAAGCAAAAACUAUGAAACCAGCUGGAAUCCAAAACAUAUCUGUUGUGACACGGAACUUAACUGAAACGAGCUUACAGGUUUUACCACAGUUAGAAUCUGCUGAUCUAUACACUGUCAUUAUUACACAAAGUGGAAAUGCCACUGUUGUGGAGAAAAAAGACAUUUCAACUUCUGGCAUUAAUUCAACAAUUUAUUUUAAACAUCUCAAACCAAAUACAACCUACACCGUCACAGCAGUCUCCGUGUUGAAAAGUGUUAAAAGCAAUAUAACUUCAAUUGAAUUCACAACUCUUGCGUUUCCACCACCUGUAAUGUUCCAAAAUGUUUCCACCACCAAUUCCACUCUGUUGGUGACUUGGCCAAGUGUGUAUCCUGCUGAUAAAUAUAUUCUGUCACUUGCUUACAGUGGAACACCAAAUGAAUCUCUGCGCACCAAGGAAGUAGUUGCAGAGCAACAUUUUGCAAAUGAAACAUUUGAAAACCUUAUAUCUGGUGUUGAAUAUACUGUGCGUAUAAAUGCGCAGUACAUGGGAAUUAAUGGGAUUUCUCAUUAUAGAAAUGUUACAAUCGCAUGGUCAGACGAUUCCUGGGGUAAUUUCACAAUUGAUCCAGAUCAUGCUAGUAUUGCUGUGGAAAUUAUUCCAGUACCAUUACCGAGACAUUUCUUGUUCUACAACCUUACAAUAUCUUAUGAAUCUGAUCCAUCUGUUGUGUUACAGUGGAAGUCUGCUUCUUCAAACAACACAAAUCCAUUUCUGAUAUUCACUGACCUAAAAGCUGGAAGAGCCUACUUUGUUACACUUCACUUAGAAAGAGAGAAUGGAACAAGUUAUCCAUCUAAGAAAAGAGCGUUGACUUGGGACCCUGUAAAACCGCAAAACUUACAAGUUACAAACUCAAACCCAACUAGUUUGGAAGUUGAAUGGGAAGUGGACCCAGCUGUUACAUCUUAUGUCCUCACAGCUGAAAAUCUGGACAACUCAAGUUAUCCACUAUUUACCCAAACUAUCUAUUCUACUCAACAAAACAAAGUUACAGCAAACAUUAGUGGUUUGCUGCCAGGAUCACUUCAUGAAAUAUCGGUGACUCCGAGAGGGGCCAGACCUUCUAGUAUUGGACCAACUUUACAAAUAAAUGCUACCACAAAGCCAAGCCCUGUACCUGCAGCUGAAUUUAAUGUUAGCUACACAAGUGUGGGUGUGUCUUUCACACCAUCACCUGGCUACAAAGAUUACUACCAAGUCAACAUUGCAGAAGCUAGCACCGCACAAAAAAUUAUUGAAUCUAUAAACGUCUCUCGGUCAGGAAAUUUGACAACAAUGUUCACAAACGGUUUACUUCCACACACACAGUAUACUGUUUCAUUUUUAACACAUGUUGGACAAAUCUAUGCUGUUUCCAAAUUUAACACAACAACCCGUGAACAAGAAGUGUGGGACAACUGGAGUGUAAAACCAAAUAUUUCACAUAUUACUGUAGACAUUACUGCAGUACCACGUCCAAUUGAAUUUACUGAUUAUCAUUUGUCGCUUGUUAGUUUUGAUGAAGUUGCUCAAAACUUUUUCAUCCCCUCCAAUGCAACAACACUAUCAAUUGUAAUAACUGACCUUAAAGCAGGUUCACCAUAUAAUAUUUCCUUAAAUCUAAAAACAGAAAACAUUCAUGGGCCGCUGUCCAUUCAAUCAACCACCACUCUCCCACCUCCUGCAACCAAUUUUAUAAUCAGUAAUUUCACUGAAACAAGUUUAACGCUUGAAUGGGAAUUUGAUAGUUCUGUCACAUCUUAUACGAUAAAAGCCAAUAACAAUGAUUUUCCACAAGUGCCACAAGUCACAGCAUAUCUUCAGAAUGAAGAAAUGAACAGCAGAAAAGUGUUAUUCACCCUCACUGGUUUAUAUUCUGGCUCCAACUACUCAGUUUUCUUGACACCUAACGGUAUUGUGGCAAAUGGUUCAAGUUAUUUUCUUGAUGCACGAACAGAACCGAGCAAAGUUUUAAAUGCAACUUUCAAUGCAACAUAUCAAUCUAUAAAUGGAUAUUUUCUUCCUUCCGCUGGUUAUAAAGAUUUUUAUAAUGCAAGCAUAGCUGAAGCCAACAAUCCAGAAAAUAUAAUUUCAAUUCAAACCAUAGAGGCUGGAUUGAACACAACAAAUGUUGUGUUCACUAAUCAAAUCACACCUGGCAAGAGGUAUGUGAUUAAAAUUGUCACAGUAGCUGGGAAUAAAUUUGCCACUGCAACUUUUGAAACAUCUGCUCAAUUACAAGGAAAAUUUAAUGAUUGGUCCCUCUCAUCACAUGCAUCUAGUAUUUCUGUGAACAUUACUCCUCCUAUAAUAAAUGAUUUUGAUAACUACUUUAUAACAAUCGCAACUGUGGAAAAUCCUGAAGUCUCUAUAAAGAAUGCUACAGUUCCCUCAAAUGAGAAUAAUACAAUCACAAUAUUUGAUGACCUAAAGGCAGGUGCACAGUAUUUUGUAAGCCUUCGAUUAAAAACUGAAGACAAACUUGGAUUACCAACAAACAAAUCUGUUUCUACCCUGGCACCUGUACCACCCACUGGCUUACAUGUCUUCAAUUCAACUGAAACAAGUUUUGGAAUAUUUUGGAAUUUCAAUCCUUCUGUGACAUUAUACACUAUAGAGGCUCAUAAUAUGAAUGAGACUGGUAAAACAAAUUUGACAUUUGAGGUUGACCCAACUACAGCAGUAAGGGGAAAGUAUAUUCAAGCUCAUAUUCCUGACCUACAACCUGGCUCUGUUUAUUUAAUUUCUGUCACUCCACGUGGAAAGCAAAAUGGCAGCUUUGGAAUUGCUCAACAAACUCAAAAUAGAACCAAUCCCGCUGCAGUGACUCAAGCAUUUUUUGAUGUCGGAUCCAAUGCCAUUUUAAUCUCAUUCUUUCCUGCUAUCGGCAUUAAAGAUUUCUACGAAGUAACCAUUAUUCAAACCAACCAAUCCAAGAUUGUAUUAAAUACAACUGUAGUGUUACCAGGAUAUGAACUAAAGGAAAUGAACUUUUCACAAGAUGUACACCCAUCGACAAACUACACUGUGAUAAUUGUAACUGUAUCUGGAAAUAAAUUUUCUGUUGCUUCAUUUUACACCAAAACAUUGAAACAAGGACUUGAUUGGACCGCUAAUGCAACUGAUUCCAGUAUUAUGGUUAACAUUACGACACAGGCAGCAGCAGUAAACCCUAUGAAAGCAUAUUAUGUAACAAUUUCCUCAAUGCAGAGUCCAGACACCAUCUUACAGAAUGCAACAAUUUAUUUAAAUGAAACAAACUUGACAAGAAAUUUUUCGGGAUUAAAAGCUGGUUCCCUGUAUUUCGUGAAACUACAACUUAGAGAUGAUAAUGUACUUGGUAAUUCCUACACAAAGCAAGUCAUGACAGUUGCACCACAAGUUCCAAGAAAUGUGAUUGUUUUAAACACAACACAAAAAACUAUUGGUUUGUCUUGGAAUUCUGACUCUGCUGUUACAUCUUAUACAAUAAAUGUUGACAAUAUUGAUAUGACUGCAACAGGACUUGAUUUCCACGUUGCUAAUAUCUUAACAAGCAGUGGUAAAGUCUCAGCUGAACUGACGAGUUUGUUGCCUGGAUCAAACUACUCAAUCCUAAUUACAGCAAAUGGUGUUCUUGUUAAUGGUUCAAGUUUUAAAAUAAAUGAAAGAACAGAGCCAAGCCCUGUACCUGCAGCUGAAUUUAAUGUUAGCUACACAAGUGUGGGUGUGUCUUUCACACCAUCACCUGGCUAUAAAGAUUACUACCAAGUCAACAUUGCUAAGAGCAGCAAUGUCACCAACACAUUAGGAACUUACAGAGUUUUACCCAGAUCUGAGUCAUCCAUAAUUGUGUUUAACAAUACUAUCACGCCUCAAACAAAUUAUUCAAUUAUUAUUUCAACAAUAUCUGGUCAGAAGUCUACAUCUGCUCAGUUUUACGCCACUACUCUUACAUCAGGUGUUUGGUAUGAUUGGUACGUUGUACCAAGCAGUUCUGGUGUAACAGUUCACAUCAAACCAGUAAAUGAGCCGAGAAACUUUACAGAAUAUUUUCUUUCAAUUGCAUUGAGUACAACUCCGAUGGAUGUUUUGCAGAAUGCAACCAUUCCAUCUGGUGAUCAGAAUCCAUCAUCAUACUUUCCUUCACUUUUAUCUGGUGCAACAUAUCGAAUCAUGCUUCAGUUAAAAACAAACGAUUCGCUUGGUUUGCCUUCAACUUUAACUACUACUACUUUACCACCAGUUGCUCCAACAGAUUUAGUUGUUAUUAAAUCUUACCAAAAUGCUUUUGAUUUGCUCUGGAAGUAUGACCCUUCUGUUACUUCAUAUAAAAUACAUGCUCAAAACUUGAACUCAUCUGAUUUUGCUAAUGUUUCGCGUGUUAUUGAGAAUCAAACUACACUGUUGAGUGGUGGAAACGUUCAAGUCAACAUCAGUAAUUUGUUUCCUGGAUCAUCUUAUAUUUUAACUUUGACUCCAAGGGGAUUCUCCAACAAUAGUUUUGGAUCUUCAAUGUUUAUUUAUAAUAAAACAGAACCGUGGUCGGAUUGGAAUGUUAAUCCUACAUCAUCUACAAUAAAUGUUACGAUUAACCCUGUAACUUUUUCUGAAGAUUUUGAUGAAUAUGUUCUUACUUUAACAGAUGUUCCAAAUCCCUCCACCAUUAUACAGAGCAUAUUAAUCCCAUCCAACAACAUCAACCCAACGGCAACUUUUACUGGUCUUAUGUCGAGCAAGCUGUACAAUGUCAAGCUGGGAUUAAAAACUGGAAAUUUUUUCACUAGUCCAUCUUUAAAAAUUGUUCAAACAUUACCACCAGCGAGACCGAUUGGGCUUAAUGUUGUUAUUUCAAGGGAAACUAGUUUUGAUUUGAUCUGGGCAUUGGAUCCUUCAACUAGUUAUUAUGUUAUAGAUGCAAUUAACAUGGAUGUUUUAUCAUUAUCAAACAUAACUGCUCAAAUAUUUCCAAACAGUACAAGUGCUUUUAUUGAUGCAACUUUAAACAACUUACAUCCUGGAUCAACAUACACAAUCAUAUUAUCUUCAUAUGGUGCAAUGAAUAUAACUGGCGACGGAGACACAGCUAGGAUACAAAAUACAACAAUUCCAAAUGCGGUUGAAAAAGCAAACUUCAAUGUUACUUUAUCAACAAUCAGUGUCACUUUCACCCCACCUUUUGGACACAAAGAUAGUUACAAAAUAAGUAUUGCAACCAUAAACCAGUCAUACCUGGUGAUUGACUCCAUCACAGUGCCUGCUGGGUCUGAACACAUUCCAGUUGUGUUUUCUGAAAAUAUCACAUCAAAUACAAACUACUCAAUUUCUUUCGUUACUAUAGCAGGAAUAAAUGAUACAACAGUUUACUCAAAAACAUCCAUGUUUACAACAGAAACAGGAGUCAACAUGUUACUACCUCCAUUGCCACCACCACCACCUACUCCACCAACUUUAACGUUAAUAAAUGUAACAGGAACUUUGCCCCCACCCCCACCAAUGGUGACCACCCCACCACCUCCACCACCAUUAACAGUAAUCACACCCGAUCUAACAACUUUUACUUCACCAACUCUGACAACCACUGAUGAAACAACUAAUGCGACCACAACUGGGAUAUUACCAACUGCUCCAAGUAUAACUGAAUCAACUGAAAAGUCUGAUACAGCAACAACAAUUAAAACAACAACUGAUGCACCAACAACAACUGAUACAGCAACAAAAACUGAUAUAGCAACAACAACUGAUACAGCAACAACAACUGAUACAGCAACAACAACUGAUACAGCAACAACAACUGAUACAGCAACAACAACUAAUACAUCAACAACAAUUGAAUUAGCAACAACAACUGAUACAGCAACAACAACUGAUACAUCAACAACAACUGAUACAAUAACAACAAUUAAUACUGCAACAGCAAUUGAUACAGCAACAACAACUGAUACAGCAACAACAAUUGAUACAUCAACAACAACUGAUACAGCAACAACAACUGAUACAGCAACAACAAUUGAUUUAGCAACAACAACUGAUACAUCAACAACAACGAAUACGGUAUUAUCAAACUACCGAAUGCAAACAGGGAAAUCUCUGAGUAACUUUGAUAUCCAGUAUUACAGAGAAUUAGCAAACAACACAUUGGAAAUACAUUUUGUGGUGACGUUUAUUGAAAAUGAUCUUGGUUACCCAUGUGCAUUAGAAAGUGUUUUGCAAAACGUGAUUAAUAAUACGAGUGGCAAUUUAACCUUCUUUAUGCACCAUGGCACAUUCAGGGUAUCAGGAAAGAGGAAGUUUUCCGGUAUUGUAGUGGUGGAGAACUUGAAUGAGAUGUUUGUUAAUUCGACUUUAAGGUUUCGUAAAGAUUCCUUCAGUUCAAUGAUACAACCUGCGCUUACACGUUCGUUCGUUGAUGGCGCAUUGAAUGGUCAACUUGCCCCUGACACUCGAGUUCAGUAUAGAGAUUUAAGUCACACAAUUAGUCCAACCGGCAUCAUGGUGUCAUUUAAUAUUAUUUCUGGUCUUAAUGAUGUUCAAAGUGUGCCAAAACAAGUUCAAACUGUUUUGAAGGCUGGAAUGACUACAUAUUUCUUUAAUGUUAAUCCAGAAAAUGGUGUCAUAGUUAAAGCAUCAGGGUUUGAAUCGUCUCGGCCAGAGAGUCAAAGAUAUUGCUCACUCCUUCCAACAAAGAAGCCUGAAGUGUCAAAGAGCAUUCCACUUUCAUUUGAAAUGACUGUUCUUCCUCAUAAUGUUUUUAACUUAGUUUAUCGAGCUCAAUCAAGCGAUCGAAUUACAGCAGAUAGUCAGGUUGAUCAACUUUUGUAUUCCAUGUUGAAUAAUCCAUCACUCCGUGAACUAGUGAGCGACAUCACUGUUCAAUAUUAUCAACCAUCAUCUCCACCUAACUCAAGAGUUAGAGUCCACACCGCAGUAACUCCAAUCUCAAACGACACAACUUUAAUGACUGAGCUUAUUAAUCAACUGAUCAAUGCAAGUUCAAUAGCUAAAAAAGUUGAAAAUGGUUCAUUAGUGUUUCCAGCUAAUCGCACGAUGGUUGGUACAAUGACAUUGGAAAAUGUGAAUGCUUCACUUCAAUUUGGAGUCAUAAAUGGCAAUGCACAAGCAGUAAAUCUACUUGUUCAAGCAUCCUUGUUUUAUUUAAACCAACUGAAGUCCAAUUUCACUCAAGUUCAACAACCAUAUUUAAAAGAUGAUGAAAAUUCAGACGUGCGGAAAAAGUCUUCCAAAUAA